CACGGAUCUCUGCAGAAGGGGCUGCUCUUGGGUGGUGACCUGUAGUAUUUGUCCCCCUUUUGCCUGUACCUACCUGCUUCACUCGACGUUUUCCUUUUGUGAGCCUAGACAGCACGUUCCAAGAGCACAACCUCAGCGUGCCUCUGCUCUGCAAUCCAGAGAGACCAAAUCCCUCCUCCUCCUUUUCUCAGCAGAGCACAAGCGCUGGGCUGAAAGCUCCUCUCCACCGGGACGACAAGUUUCCAGCGAGCUUUGGAUGGCAGGGCGAGCAAACACCCGUCCCCCUGCAAUAUAAGGCACCCGGCCCGAAGCAGGAGGGAGCCGGCUGGGGGACAGCACCGGUGCGAUAGCACAGAAGGGAAAGAAAGUCGUGACAGUGCCGUAUACCGAGGGUAUCCCUGCUGGAGAUCCGCUCCCCGCCUCGUAGCUCCGUCCAUGUCGUGACCACGACAGACUCGGACGUCCCAGGCCAGCCCAGCUCCCUCCCCUCCCCGCCCUGCCCAGCUGCCGCUCCAGCAAAUUCCCGAGCGACCACCCAAGGGAAGCAACAUCCCGAUCUGCUGCACCGGGAAGUUUGUGCCCAUUGCCCCUUGUGCUGUUGCUGGAUACCACCAAGACGAGCCUGCUUCCAUCUUCUUUACACCUCCAUCAGUAACGGCCUCCCCAGCUGAAGAUGUCUAACAAUGGAGUUGAAGCAGAAGACAAACCACCUGCUCCUCCGAUGAGAAAUACCAGCACUAUGAUUGGAUCAGGAAGCAAAGAUGCUGGGACUUUGAAUCAUGGCUCCAAACCUUUGCCUCCCAACCCAGAGGAAAAGAAAAGAAAGGACCGAUUUUACCGAUCUAUUUUACCAGGAGAUAAAACCAAUAAAAAGAAAGAGAAAGAGCGGCCCGAGAUCUCCCUCCCUUCAGACUUUGAGCACACGAUUCAUGUGGGGUUUGAUGCAGUCACAGGAGAAUUCACAGGAAUGCCAGAGCAAUGGGCACGUUUACUGCAGACUUCCAACAUCACCAAGUCAGAGCAGAAGAAGAACCCCCAGGCAGUGCUGGAUGUGUUGGAGUUUUACAACUCCAAGAAGAUCUCUAACAGCCAGAAGUACAUGAGUUUCACAGAUAAAUCAGCUGAGGAUUACAAUUCAUCAAAUACAUUGAAUGUGAAAGCUGUCUCUGAGACCCCUGCAGUGCCCUCAGUGUCUGAAGAUGAAGAUGAUGAAGAUGAUGCAGCUCCACCCCCCGUGAUAGCUCCGCGACCUGAACACACAAAAUCUAUCUACACCCGCUCUGUGAUAGACCCUCUUCCUCCUCCUACCAGAGAUGUGGCGACCUCUCCUAUUUCUUCUCCCUCAGAGAACAGCACAACAGCACCUGACAUGCUUGUCAGGAACACAGAGAAGCAAAAGAAAAAGCCAAAAAUGUCAGAUGAGGAGAUCUUGGAAAAAUUAAGAAGUAUUGUGAGCGUGGGUGAUCCCAAAAAGAAGUACACGUGUUUUGAGAAGAUUGGACAAGGAGCCUCAGGUACAGUUUAUACAGCAAUGGAUGUAGCUACAGGACAGGAGGUUGCAAUCAAACAGAUGAAUUUGCAGCAGCAGCCCAAAAAAGAACUGAUUAUUAAUGAAAUCCUUGUGAUGAGGGAAAACAAAAACCCCAACAUUGUCAACUACUUGGACAGUUACCUUGUGGGAGAGGAGCUCUGGGUGGUUAUGGAGUACUUGGCAGGAGGCUCCCUGACAGAUGUUGUGACAGAGACCUGCAUGGACGAGGGACAAAUCGCAGCCGUGUGCCGAGAGUGUCUUCAAGCUCUGGAAUUCCUCCAUUCAAACCAAGUUAUUCACAGAGACAUCAAGAGUGACAACAUCCUGCUGGGAAUGGAUGGCUCUGUCAAAUUAACCGACUUCGGCUUCUGUGCCCAGAUCACUCCUGAGCAGAGCAAACGCAGCACCAUGGUGGGGACCCCCUACUGGAUGGCGCCAGAAGUGGUGACGCGGAAAGCGUACGGGCCCAAAGUGGACAUCUGGUCUCUGGGGAUAAUGGCCAUUGAGAUGAUCGAGGGAGAGCCCCCCUACCUCAAUGAGAACCCCUUGAGAGCCCUGUAUCUCAUUGCAACUAACGGGACACCAGAACUGCAGAACCCAGAGAAGCUUUCGACCAUAUUCCGGGACUUCUUAAAUCGCUGCCUGGAAAUGGAUGUGGAAAAGAGAGGUUCUGCAAAAGAGCUGCUGCAGCACCAGUUCCUGAAAAUCGCGAAACCUCUGUCUAGUCUCACUCCUCUGAUCAUUGCAGCUAAAGAAGCAGCCAAGAACAACCAUUAAAGUGAUGGAGCCAACAGAGUCAUCCUGUCAAGACUUCUAGAUGUUAUUUUUGGAGGCUGAAUUACCUGCCCCUCUCUCCUUCUGCUCCUUCUUCACAGGGGUAUUCUUAGAACUUUGACCUGCCCUGAAGGGUGGCACGUAUUGUUCUCUGAAUGUGGAAGGGCACCCAGCAGGGACAUUGCAGAGUGAACUGUCUUUCCAUCCUCGUGGUGGGGGUGAGAGGGGAGGAGUGUUUUGUAUGGUUGAGAAGAUCUUCCUGAGAACAUCUGAACCUGACCUACACCUAGCGAAGCCAGUUUGUUUUCAUGUUGCUUACUGUGUUUAUUUUUAAAAAUAUGUGGAGCCUUAGACCAUGUUUAUCUGAAUAAAUGAAUUCUUUUACUGGUUGGAGUUCUGCUUCUGGCAAGCUGCUGUCACACCACUGAGGCUGCUCUGUGCUUUGGAUCACUUGAGGAAAGAGGAAUUCAGGCAGCAGAAUGUGAACAGCUGUAACAACUGAAAGGGGAGGAAGGGUGUGAAUGUACAACCCUCCUACAGCUCUGUUGGAUGCUUUGGGGGAGAAAGCCUCUGGGUGCUUCCUGCAGCCUUUGGAGAACGUAAUGAAUGGAUCAUCUUUUUGCCAAACUGUGAAUUGAGAGCCUUCCCUCCUCCUUUAAUUUCAACGCAACCAGUUAAACAAAUCUCAAACAUUUCUGAUGUUCUGGAAGGUAAAUCACGGGGAAAAUUGACAAAGAGCUCUUUUAGGGUUAUUUUAUCAGUGCUGUGAGGCUUCUUAGAGACCCUUGCCCUGUAUGAUAAAGCAAACAGAGCAAUUACUCUUAAAAAGGUAAGAUUUGCCUGCAAAAUGAUGUUGAAAACUCUUGUUUCUUAGUGCAAGUCCAACGGAAAACAAAACUGAAGUCCAAUGGAAAACAAACUGAAGUCCAAUGGAAAACAAACUGAUCAUGGAUGCUGCUUUCUUGGAGAUGUCUUGGGGACAUUAAUUUUUUGAAAUUAUAGUGGUUUCUUUAUGCUACUGAUUCCUUUGGUUGCCAAUAGUCUGUCAAACAAGAGGAAACCUGGAACUACUAGAGGGAUUGGUUGUAAACACUGGGUUUAUGUUCAGCUGUGUACUGAUUUUUAAUAAAAUGACUGCUGCCUUUCUUAACUUGGGGCUGAGGGAGGAGUGCAGACUUCCUUGUCACCAGCCACAUCUGGUGGAUGAGAUUAUUGUUCAUGUCAUUACUGGGUGCUUGGAUGGGUUGGAUGAAGUCAUUCAACAUCUCUCUUACCUUCUCUGUAGUCCUUUGGAACAGCAAGUGGGAGUAACUUUACACACAGAAAAAAUGGACACAAGAUCUGUGUUGUAACUGGAGGAGCUGCUUUCUCUGUGCAGGUUUGGUCUUUCAUGGGGUGAGGUUCAAGCCCUGCUGGAGUCACCACUCAUCUCCCUCCGAAGCACUUGGGUUGCACAAAAAAUCAUUCCUGCAUCUUGCUGAGACCUGCUGCUGGCUCAGCCCUUUCCUCCCUGCACCUGGGUUUUAAUUCAAAUGUACUUUUCCUGUUCACUCACCAAUAUGUGGCAGCUCUUACACUAAUUUUACUGGGUGUAGAUAGUCUGUCAGGUUUUCUGCUUCUGUUCUGCCUUCUCUUAUCAUUUGUGUUUCAAGGUGGUUGCUGUUUAACCCAAGGCUCAAGUUUCAAGUCCACUGCCAAAAUCUGCAGCCUCUCUGUGUGCAUAUAUAUGUGUAUAUAUGUAUUUCACCUCCAUGCAAUAUUAAGGGUUUCCCCUCAAAGCUUUGUAUCCCAGGAUGAAUUCCUUGGGCAAAACAGUAAAGCUGCCAGCCUGGAGAGGGGUAUCAUCUAUUGAUGAGCUCUUCUGCUUGGAGCUUAGGUGGAGGUUGGGGAAUGGAAGGCCACUACCCUUGAAUAAUUACCUUUGAUAGGAACUUGGUUUAUAUUUCCUCCAGAAGACUCAAGAUGGCAAAGGUAGGAAGAAAGAAACUUGGGGGCUAGAUCACACCUGACCUCAAAAUCAGCUUACAGCUUUGGUGAUUCUUUUUGACAGCACAGGAUGAAAUCUCAUCCACAAAUGUGUUUAAUGUUUCUUGACUUCUUCUUUAACUCCCUUCCCACUCCAUCCCCUGUCCCAUGGAGAUGAGAACUUUACUUCAUUAUGCCUUGUCUGCCAGAGAGCAGGUGAGCAGAGUUUCUGUUGUAUUUCUCUGGAGGAGGUAGAAAAGGUUAUUUCUACUUGUUUAAGCUGCUAUUCUGGUUUCUGUAAUGGAAAGGAAUCAACAUGAAUGCUGUUUAUCCCACCUCUUGUGCCCCUGCUGUGCUUCUGUCUCAUUGACUCCCACUUGGAAUCAGUCCUGCCUGGUUUCUGUUAGCUGCUGGAGAGGGGGAUUGCCAAAAGCUUUUUGUUCUCCACUGCUACAAGGCUGUGACCAUAGGUGUGUGUCAUCAUCUUCCAGGCUUUUUCCCCCUCUCCCACCUGUGAGAUGGGUGAGAAAACGAGAUCACAGAAUUCCUGAGGCUGAAAAAGACCUCUGAGAUCAUCAAGUCCAACCCAUGAACUGACACCACCACAUCAGCCAGACCAUGGCACUAAGUGCCACAUCCAGCCUGUCCUUGGACACCUCCAGGGAUGGUGACUCUUCCCUGGGCAGUCCAUUCCAUGACUGCUACAAUGUGCCUGGACCUAGUUUAAAGUUAACAAGCAGAUCAUGAUUUUAUGUGCUCAGAAUAUCUUGAAAUUUUUGAACUAACUUAAGCUUAGGAGAAUGGGAUUUUUUUGUUGUUGUUGUUCUGAGGUGCAUCCUUCACGUUCUCUUCAUCUGUGCAUGACUUGGCAUCAGCACCUGUGUUACCUUUUGUGUAGCCAUUUAAGGCACCUUCCUGUCAAGAGAGCUGUUAAGUAGCAACUCUGACUUAAAAAUUAACCUCUGGGGCAUAUUUUCCUGAGAACAUCUUGACUCUGCUCUGAUUUGAAAGCAACUCCAACUAGAGAACUUACUUGGUGACUUGGCUUUUUAAAAAAAUAUUGACCCUAUGAACUGAUUUGUUUGAGUUGAAACCAUUUAUAAUCACAGUCCUUAAUUAUUUAUUUGCCUAUUCAAGUCUCUCUUCUUUAUUAGAACAUAAAGUACUCAAUUGUUGGAGUAUCCUUUCAGAAAAUUAGCUUCCUUUUUGAGGGAUCUCAAGCAAUUCUGCACCAGAAAAGAUAUAACUUACAAAGGGCUUUGUGGAGGGAGAGGCUGCAACUCAUCUUUCUUUUCCAAAACAGAAUAUUUUCUUGUUUAGGGGACGUCAACAAGAUCCUUCUUGUAUUUCAAGAAUGGACAUUGAGAUGUACCUAUUUUAUCUCUAGGUUUUCUUAAAAAAUUGAUCUGGAUUUCACCAGGGCCAAGAGUUGGUGUGUGAGAGGGGUAGAAGGCAAGUUGUGAUGCUGAGAGUGUAGAGCCAGGGCAGGGCUGGAGGGGAUGGCAGAACUUGGUGGUUUAGUUCCAGCAGUGAUAACACACCUUCAGCCAUCCUUAAAAUGUCUUAAUUGGAUAAGAUGUGGUUUUUAAAGGACAUCAGUCUGGCUGAUGAGUUGUUGCAGGCUCUUCUCUAGGCAGGCAUUGUGCCCCUACCAGACUGCAUUCCCCUCUUCAACAAAAAGAGUCCACUGUUUUCUUCAGCAAGGAGGCUCCUUAAGAAAAGAGGUUUCCAUGGAGACACUCACUUGACUUCAACGAUCUGGUUAGGGCUUGAGAAGAGGCUUGGGGGGUAAACACCACGACGACACAAAACCCCGUCAUUAUGUGAAGCAGCUGAGGUUGCUGCAGCAUUUUCUUUCCAACUUGCCUCUUUUCAGGGGCCUGGUUUUGAGAAACUACCAAAAAUGCUGCCUAGUCAGAAAGGUGAGGUGUGUAAGAGGCUGUUCCUUCUUAGCUGAGAUCUCUGUUAGUGUCCUAAUCCAGCUGUCCCUCCAAAUGCUGCAGGUCGGUGUAAGCAGGACACGUCUGCAGCAAAGUUCUGUGCAAGAGGGAACUGCAGUGGCCUGGCAGUGGGUACUUGCUUCCUUAAAGCCAACCAUCCUUGGCUGACAGUAAAAUUACCCCAAACCAAACCAAAGCUCAAGAACAGUAUUAAUUUGAACCUCAUUUCUAAUUAAGAGCUUGCAUAAUCCAUUUGUACAGUGGAUGGUGACACCUUCAGUUUUAAGGUGAAGUCUGAUUCUUCCUUCAUCUUUCCACCAAGACUUUUUAAUGCUUUCCUAUUUCAACAGUAACAGAGUCUGUAGAUAUAUUUUGGGGUUGGGAGCCCAGCUGGAUCAAGUGGGUGGAUAAAUGAUGCUCCAGGAACUUCCUGUGUCUGGUGGCAGCUGGGACAGUGUCCAAGGUGGGAUCGUGGAGAAGCAGCUGCCAACUGUGACAUGGACAAGCAAAUGGUGACAAAGUGGCAAUCCAGGCAGGAGCUGGAGAGAAACUUGCUGCCACAAUGGAUUCCUGCAGGGAAGUGCUGGGAAGAGCUACAGGGUAACAUGGAGUUUGUCCAUGGAUUAUUUAGUGAGCUGUAACUGGAAUUUAAUCUUGGUCUAAACUGCUGAUAUUGGUAGAAGUGCUGGAUAGGGGGUGGUUAGAAGGAUCUUUUUUUUUUGCUAUUUUGUCUCCUCAAUUUAUAAAAACACCAUUCCAGGAUCAUAUUCUAUCACUCACUGUGUUAUUUGGGCAGGUGUCUAUGGGAGUUGUGUGGAAAUUAGGGCUGAUAACAACCCUAUAAGUGCAAGUAUCUGGGAAGAUAGGAAAUCUGGGAAGAGAGGAAUCAGUCCUUCAUGGUCAACAUUGUGUUUCUCUUACUGGAAGUGGGAAUGCUUGCUUGUCUUAGAAUCAUGUGCCAGAUGAAUUUGAGCAGAAUGAUUGUUCUGAAGGAAAAGCACAAAACAUGAUAACAAAAGAAUGGAAGCAUCAUGAGCUAUAGUUCAAAGGAAGGAAAUCUGUUUCUUGUCUGGCUGGGUAAGACAUAGCCCAGCAUGUUCUUUUGAUGUAGAAAAAAGUGAAGGUUAAAGCUCCAAUUACACAACUGCUGAGGAAAUUCAGGGGGUGUUCCAGCAACCUGGUGCAUCUCAAGACAGCAACGUGUCUAGAGAAGAGCAGGAAGAAGCCUGGGAAAAGAAGAGGUGCUCGAAGUGGAGCCUGGAACAGCAAUAUGGAUUUGAGUCACAGUCCGUGCUGAGAAAGCUGGAGCUAACCCAGGAGGUUGACAAAAAUGACAAAACUUCAGCUGAAGAGGCGAAGUGGGAGCUGGAGUUGGAGGAGUUGGCCUUGAUGUGCCAAGGAACUGAAGAGAGAGGCCAGAUCCUGUGGGUAUGUGGAGCAGCAGAAGCAGGUUUAAGAGGUUUCUGUGGAUGGCAACCAGCUCCUUCCCUCUUGCCUUGCAGCAUCUUGUCACUGUCAGCUCUGCUUUGGCAUCGUGUCAGCAGCCACCAGGCUUUGGUCUCAUGUUUGGAAAGAAGACCUUUUGCACCUACUGGUUUCUGACUGCAGCUUUCACCUGCCAACAAAUGUCUUUGUGUCCUGUCCCACCUGGAAAUAAGGGGGCUGGGGUAGUUUUAAAUCCAGCUGGAUCAUGUGUUUCUCCUCCUGCUGCCUUGGCAUAACUCUCCUGUAGUGCUGGCUUUUGCUGAUGUGCAAGGUCAGCACAGCCAUUUUAAAACCAAAACUCAAAUAAAACCUGAAUCCUGAAUUAA